GGUUGCCCCGGCUGCGUGAUGGAGCGGCGGAAGGCGAGCAGCAAAGGGAGGAUCCCCUACAAGGAGCUCUUCUUCGUCGGCGUCACCUCCCUCGCCUCAUCUUUACCAAUCACGUGCCUCUUCCCAUUCAUCUAUUUCAUGGUAUGUACUGUCAUGUUAUCUAGUCAGUCAUCUACUUGUAUAUCACUUUGUAUUAAUCUUGAGGACGGUGACAUUCUUUAUGACCUUAAUUACUCAAUCGGUGGCUACGAUCCUACAGCAGCAUGCAGCGCAAUCAGUGGCUUAUGUACCCAUGUUCUCCGUUUUAUAUACUCACGCUGUGCCGAGAUGACCAAAGAUAGGAACACUGCAAGUAAUGGGUUGUGAUGACUUCAGUUUCAUUUUUGUUUUUGAAUUGUAGUUUCAGUUUAUUGUAGGAGCCUUUGGAAGUAGUUUAAGUUUGUACUUGUAGCAAUCUGCUGCUCAUAGAUGUCAAAAGAUUUCUUUUGUUUUGUAUACCUCUAAACCGAAUGAGUUCCAAACUUCCAAUAAUUUAGACUUGGGAGGUACAAAUCUGCAUUUUGUUGUGAGGAUAUUUCCACACCCAAGUAGUUUCCUCGGUCUGAUGUGACUCAGCCUAAUGUUAUCAUUAACAUAAUCAGAUUAUUCUCGAUUGUAUACCUUAUGCUUAUUUAGUAAUAUCUUUCUUCCUGCUUUUCAUAGGUAAGGGACUUCCACAUUUCUAAAACAGAGGAAGAUAUUGGUUUUUAUGCUGGUUUUCUAGCUGCAUCAUACAUGGUGGGCAGAGCCAUUGCUGCAAUUUUUUGGGGCAUUCUCUCUGAUCGUAUUGGACGGAAGCCUGUCAUCGCAUUUUCAAUCUUGUCUGUGGUCAUAUUUAACACACUGUUUGGUCUAAGUACAACAUAUUGGAUGGCAAUUGCUACAAGAUUUGUGCUGGGUGCUCUAAAUGGCCUACUUGCCCCAAUAAAGGCAUAUUGCAUUGAAGUUUGUCGAACUGAACAUCAGGCACUUGGACUCUCACUUGUGAACACGGCAUGGGCUUUGGGUCUUAUUGUUGGUCCAGCUCUUGGAGGCUUCCUUGCACAGCCUACUGAAAAAUAUCCUCACAUAUUUUCCAAAGAUUCAAUUUUUGCCGGAUUUCCUUACCUCUUACCCUGUCUAAGUGUAUCGUCAUUUGCUACAAUUGUCCUAAUAAGCUGUACAUGGCUUUCGGAGACUAUACACAAACAUAAAGUUCCUGAAAAGGAUACCAAAAUAGUCAAAGCAUUGCCACCAAAAGACAAUUAUCGGGAUUCACCUCGCAGGAAGAGUUUGCUUCAGAACAAGCCUUGGGUGUCAACUAUGCUACCUUACUGUUUGUUUAGCCUUCAUGACACAGCAUAUAGUGAGAUACUAUCCUUAUGGGCUGUGAGCGAUCGGAAGUAUGGUGGCCUCAGCUUCUCAACUGAAGACAUUGGUGAAGUUCUUGCUAUGGCAGGUGCUAGUCUUCUAGUAUACCAGCUUAUCAUUUAUCGCUGGGUUCAUAAAGUGCUUGGAACAGUCAACUCAUCACGUGUUGCUUCUGCUGUGUCUAUAGUUGUUCUUGCAACGUAUCCCUUUAUGACAUACCUAUCUGGAGUGAAACUUUCUUUCGCCCUCUAUUCUGCAGCCAUGAUGAAAAGUGCUCUUGCAAUUACUGUAACAACAGGAAUUUGCCUUCUACAGAAUAAUGCCGUGUUCCAAGAACAAAGAGGCACGGCAAAUGGUAUAUCGACAACUGUAAUGUCAUUUUUCAAGUCAGUUGCUCUAGUAGGGGCAGGGGCUCUAUUUUCAUGGGCACAAAAACGUCAAGAUGCUACUUUCCUACCAGGUGAUCAGGUGGUGUUUGUGGUGCUGAAUUUGGUGCAGCUGCUUGGGCUGAUAUCCACCUUUGAACCCUUUCUGGUGUUGCCUGCAUUACCAGAAUAGUAUAUUAAGGCUAGAGACUCUGAAAGAGGGGUUCACUGGGACGUAAUUACACUUGGUCAAGCAUGAGAAAAAAAGGAAAUAAUGAUGGUCAAUGGUGCUCUAAAAGGUUCAGAAUGUGGAAGUUUGAUCUGCUGUCUAGAAUCUGAACAAAACAAGGACAGAUUGGAUUUUGUUUCCGUCAAAAGCUAAUUAAGGUGGUCAGAUGAUGUAACAACCUAGCUUAGAAAAACAGCAAAGAUUCACAAUACACGUCGAAUGGGCCACACCUGCUAAUUAACCCUCUUGUACUUUCAUCCUCACUUUAUGCAAAAAGUUGCAACGGGAGUUACUAGCUUCCUCAGGCCAGCUAUUUAAGCUGGUUCAACUCCCUCUCCAUUUCCGGUUUGGGACUAUCUCCCGAUGCCACAAUGGUUUUCGUCACUAUAGUAGCCGCAUGUUACAAUAACACGAAUCUGGCCUGGCCCAACUGGCCCACGGGGCUGGGAUGUCUUAUAUGAUUAAUGAAAAUUUUGAUAAAUUGUAAUAUAUUUUUUUGAAAAA